CGCGCGUCGCGGGUUGCGUGAGCUGCUGUGAGGAAUUUGUGCACAACAGGGGGCAGGGCAUGGCGGAUCGCAUGCCGCUGCUGCGGCCACGGUUUGCCGCAGCGAGUGACGGUGUGGGGGCCCGCCUCACACUGCUCUUGGCCACGCUCAGCAUCAUAGACCUGCUGGGUGUGCUGCCCAUCAUCGUGCUGCCGAGGACCAUAGCUGAGUGUGGGUGGCUGGGUAUCCCUCUGACGCUGCUGGUGUUUACGCUGCAGAUAUACACGGCGCUGCUUCUGGGCCGCUGCUGGAUCAUCGCAGAAACUCUACAUCCAGAUAUCGUCUACGACAGCAGGUAUCCAUAUGCGGCGCUGGCUGAACUUUCCUACGGCCGCAAAUUUGGGAAGUUUGUGACCAUCCUGCUAGACCUCCAUAUCUUCGGCAACGCAGUACCUGAUCUGAUAGUGGCGGCAGAGAACCUGCAGCUGCUGGGCCUCAAGUCGUCCUCCUGGGAAUUCGACUUCUCCUUCUGCUACUGGACGCUCGUCCUGGGCAUCUGUCUCUGCCCCAUCACUUGGCUCGGCACGCCCAGGGACACCAAAUGGGUGACGACACUAUCAGUGAUGCUGGUGGUGUCCUCUACGCUGCUGGUGUGGGCGUGUUUGGUCGCCAGCGGGGGCGAAUGGAGGCCCGUCCCACUCCCCGAUCCUGCCUGGGACUCUGUCGCUAUCGCAUACGGCGUUCUCGCCUUCCAGUUUGAUGUACAUCCACUAAUCCUUAGCGUGCAGAUGGAGAUGGACCGCAAGGACCAUCUUGGUUAUGCCAUCCUCGGAGCAUUCUUUGUGACGGGCGGCCUGUCGCUGGCGACGACGGGCGUGGUGCUGGCGCGGUUCGGUGGCGCGGCGCGCGCCAACCUGCUGCAGGGGUUCGCGUCCAGCCCGCAGCUCUACUUGGCGCUGCUGCUCGCCACGGCGCAGCUCUGCCUGGCGCUCGUGCUGUCCGCCGCGCGCUGCUUCGGCGACAUCGAGGACAAGCUGGGCAUGCCGCAAGGUUUCGGGUGGCAGCGCGCGCUGCUGCGCACGGCACUAGUCGGUCUGGCGGUGCUGGCGGCGGAGGGCGUGCCGCGCUUCGACCUGCUGAUGGGGCUGGUGGGCGGCUCUCUGACGGGCCCGCUCAUGCUGCUGCUGCCGCCGCUCGUGUACGCGCGCCUGCGCACCAUGCAGGACCAGGCGCGACGCGUCCCGGCGCCCGACUACACCGCCACCGACGACAGCGUCGACGAGACGCUGCCGCCGAGUCUGCCACCUGUCGGCACUGCCGAGAGCGGUCUGCUGCGAGCGACCGCGUGUCGCCUGCUGUCCCUGGAGGGAGCUUCGGAUGAGGGCCCUCUGUCUAUCUGGGAGACGCUGCUGGUCUCUUCCGUCGUCGUGGCGGGCAUCGCCGCGUCUCUGGCAGCCACCUACUUCAGCAUGCGCGACUCCAUCAACAUCGCCCAAUUCUCGCCUCCAUGUCUGCAGUAGCCGGUCGACCAGUGGGAUGGUCAGCGUCUUCCUUCCGGUGCCCUGUUGCUGGCAGAACACGUACCGUCUCUUCAUCCACUAUCUUCGACUGGCUCUCAACAAACAUCGCAUUUUCCAUAUGGUUCAUGCGUAAGCAGUCGGGAGGAAACGGUGUAACACUUCAUCAUGUUGCGUUCGCAACUGCAUCCUGGUCAAUUCAGCGAAGCACCUCACUUUGUUUUUGUCAGGGACCGUACUCGAUCUGUAGUCAAGAGAUGCGAGUUUAUAGCCAGCAAUCAGCUACCACACCCACACUGGUCAGCUCCUAGUUCACGUCGAUCAUCUCACCUAUACUAUAAUUUUAUGUCCAUAAUCCUGUUAUACCCAGAAUUUGUAUGUCACUCUGGAGCAGAGUAUGAGCUGUUCCGUAACCUGCUGCGACAUUAAUGCUUUGUGAUGUACCAGUAUUUUACCUUUCACGUAUAUUUCUCUUACUAAUUGAGAUAUUCAGCCACGACGUACGACCUCCCUUCAUACUUUCAGUUAUGUCACUACCACUCUCUUCGAGCCCUGCUAAAGCCUCUGUAAUUUGGUUCGUCAAGAGAGAAAUGGACAGUGCCUGGCGAUUCACAAAAUAAUCCGUCAAACCAAAUGAAAGCAAUGAAACUCUCUUUGCAUAACUGCCACAGUUUACAUCCGUUUUUGCUGGUAAUCUGAUGUAUGGGCCGUGGUUCAAGGUAUAAUUUUCUGCCUAACGUUCGUCUUCCACUGCCGGAGAGAUCAUCAGAGACUUUAGUGGCUCAGAAAGCUAUUACACACUCAUACUAGCUCAGCAAGCGAAAUUGUUUAUAUGUAUUGCCGCAACGAUCGGUUCGUGCUACCAUCAAGGAUUAUUCUAUCUCUCUCUCUCUAAAAUUUUUAUCCCUUGCACUCAAUUCCACCAACAAAUUGCCGAUUGCUUGAUGCCUCACGGUGCAUCCUAUUAGUUGAUCCUUUCCUUUAGUAAAGGUGUGCCCAAUUUUCAACAUUCAUCUGUUGUACCACAUUUGAAAAGUUUCCAUUCUCUUCAUAUCCGAGCUGCUUGUCGUACACGUUUCACUUCCGCGAAAGUCUAAACUCCAGUCAAAUACCGUCAGAAAAAACUUCCUAAUAAUUAAAAUUUUAUUUGAUGUUAACAAAUUUCUCUUUUUCAGAAAUGCUUUUCUCAAUAUUGCUAGUCUGCAUUCUAAAUCCUCAUUACUUUGACCAUCGUCAGUUACUUUGCUGCUCAAAUAGAAAAACUCAUCCACUACUUUUAAUAUCUCAUUUCCUACUCUAACUCUAUCAGGAUCGAUUGAUUUAAGUCAACUUCAUUCUAUUACAUUUGUUGAUAUUCAUCGUAUAAACUGUUUUCAACUAACUAUCCAUUCCAUUCACCUGUUCUUCCAAGUCUCUGAUAGAAUUACUUUGUCAUCGCCAACGUAGAGUUUUUAUUUAUUCUUCCUGAACUUGAGUUCCAUUUCCAAUAUUUAUCUUGUUUUCCUUUAAUGCUCGCUCAAUGUACAGGUUGAAUAAUAUUGGCGAGGGGCUACAACUAUUACAUUCCUUCUCAAUUACUGCUUUCCUUUCAUGUCCUUCGAAUUCACUCUGGUUUCUGUAAGAGAUAUAUAUAACUUUUCACUAUCUCUGUUUUACCAUGAGAAUUUGAAAGAAUAUAUUCCAAUGAACAUUGUCAAAACAUUUCUUUAAGUCUACAAAUGCUACAAACAUAAGCUUGUUUUUCAUCAGUCUAUCUUCUUUGAAGGUGAGUAUGAUAUCAUGUUUAUCUAAAUGCCUUUGGAACCCAAAAUGAUUUUGGUCCUAUCGGUCAGUGCAGGCAAGCGCACAUUGAACUAUCUUCCAACCACAUCUGUAAAGACGCCUUUACAAAGAGUGUAUUACAAAUAUUUUUAAAACUACAGGA